AUGGGCCCUCAAAACUGGGUAUGGGACAACCGUGUGAAUUCCGAUUCGCACAAUCGUCUGGGGGCUUUCGGAUGCGGCUGCUCGGAUAUCGGAUCGAAUGCUGGGCUGAGGCGGGCGGCGGCGGGCGGCGCAGGCUCCACCGGCGGCCGCUCGUCCGGCGGGUGCGCGCGCGCAACAUAUAACGGCCCCCGCGCCGCGCGGCCUUCAGUGCCAGCCGAGAACCGCGACCGCCAACACGCUUUCGCGACACACCCGCACUACACAGCACCGCUCCGGCCGCGACACGCGACUGUGUACACUUACAACGAGACGGGACCCGCGCCGAUUCGCGCCUCUGGAGUAUUUCGACGGCUGCUGAGGGCUGGCCUGCCAUUCGCCCGGACCCCGCCGAGCCUUUGCGGGGACUCUCCACCGACGACGCUGCAAAGACAAUCACGUAGGGAC